GCUGAGCCAAUCAGCAGCGGCGACGCGCUCCGUGAGCGGUUGUGUAGUCGGAGCAGAACGCGCGGCGGCAGGCAGUGUCUGCUCAGAAGCGGCAGCUGCUGAUAUGGUGCGUCAGUGGCCGCAGUAACGAGGAAGAACGCACGGAAAGCGCCUAACGUCUGGGAGAAUAUGAGCAAAGCCGCGGCCCCAUGUCGACCCAGCGCCUCCCUCAAGUUCACAAUUGACAACAUCCUCAACCUGAAGCCGAGCGGGACGAGCUCUGACUCCAGCGGACUGCGGGAUGAGCUGCGUGAGGACACCGCAGGCCAGCAGAGGCCGGACCAAAGCGUGUCGAUCAGAACCUGCAGCGCAGACUCGGAACCGGGUAUCCAAAGGACGGGCGCGCGCUAUGAGAGCGGGGACAGCAGCUGCGACGACAGCAUCUCCAGCAGCGCGGCGGCGGAGGCGCUCCAGGGAGGCAGCCCCAGCAAAAGGAGCAAAGUCAUCACGAAAAAGAAAACGCGCACCAUCUUUUCCAAGAGACAGAUCUUCCAGUUGGAGUCUACCUUCGACAUGAAGCGGUACCUGAGCAGCGCGGAACGCGCCUGCCUCGCCAGCUCUCUGCAGCUCACGGAGACGCAGGUCAAGAUCUGGUUUCAGAACCGCAGGAAUAAAUUGAAACGACAAAUCUCCACAGAGAUAGACGGACCCGCGAGUGAUUUCCCCGAGGCAGCAAAGCCCGUGGCGGCGGGGCAGCUGCCGGCCUUGUACAAGGAGAGCAGCCUGCUGGGGAGGUGCCUGCUGCCGGUGCCGCUGCCCGUGGUGUACCCGGGCGGCGGCGCGCCUUACCUCUGCUUCUCCAGCGCCAGCAAGUACUUCAGCCUGUACGACGGAGACGUAUGAGGCUUCCAGCGACCAACAGACGCUCCUGCUGGUUUUGUUGCCAACUUUCAAGUAUUUAGGGGGGUCCAGCGAGACCGGAACUUCGUUUUCAGACUGAAGGAAACGGCCCAGAAUACGCGGCAUUAUUUAUUUUCAGCGCCGGCUGCGGCUUUCCGGAAGGCCUGACUCUGAACUUCCACCCGGCUUCACUGAUGAUGCCUGAAACCUGAGCAUUCACAGCCUGUUGUUGUUUACAUCAUAUAUAUUUUAUUAUUAUUAUUAUUUUAUAGUUAACCAGUUUUAUUGCUGCGAAAGCCACCAAAGAAAUUACUGUAGCCUAUCUGCAUGCAUUUCCUGUAUUGUAAGGAAGUUUAAAAUACAGAAAUUAUCUUUGUAUUUAAAUGAAUGUAAUUAGCAGUUCAUUUUUCUUUUGCGCAUGCUUUCUUUUCUAGUUAUUUUAUUAUUACUAUAAUUUUAUCCCACUUUGCCUAGAAGAUUAUUACACCUUUUCAUAAAGUGAAAUUAAAAAAAAUCUUUAAGAAAUGUA